AUGACUGCACAUAUUCUACCGCCGAUCGUCCCAAGCCCCUUCGGUAGACAUUUUCAAACAGAAACUGGAAUGUUCAAUGGCGCCGAGUCUCCUUAUACUGGUCUUUCGGCAGCUUCAUCGGUAUCUGUGGCUCCUUUCCUCAUCCACCAAGAUCGUCAGGCCUCAUCCAGUUCGGCACCUUCAGCUCUAUCGACACCAAUACCAACGAAUGAUGAAAAUGAAGAGCCUUUCUUUCCGGACCUCCGUUCUGCCUAUUCCGCUCGAUCUGUAUCUGCCAGGAUGCCAAUCGAAGCGAAGAAAACAAUUUCCCCUGGCAAUGUAUGCGGCCGACCAUAUGCGUUUCCGAAUCGGAAGGUCGCUCAAACUUCGUCUCCGCAGUCCUCCCUUGCGUCAAGACGUCUUCAUCCGUUGACCGAGCUAAAGAAUGGAAGGAAACGAGCAGCUGAAUUGUCAGCGAGGACUCCGCAAAGGACACGCUCCUCCAACAGAGUUGUUUCAUCGUCACCUCGUAUGCCCUUGACACCCGCAAAUCGACAACUACUUCCGGAUAAUGGGUUUGUCGAGGCAAAACAACCUCUGCCUGCUUCUGUAGAUGUGUCGGAAAAUUCCAUGCAGGCUUCCGCAGAUCUGUCAAUGCAGGAACAGACAGUAUUUACCGUGCCAUCUGCGAGCACGCACCGGGCUCAUCGGAAGCGGCUUUCUGGAGCGUCAUCUGCAUUUGUGCACACUAUGAAGACGGCGAGUGUCAGCAACGCGAGUUUCAGUAUCCUGCCUCGCUCAUUGAGGCUCGGCAGGUCUACAGACAGCUAUGGCCUUUUCGGGUCGCAUAUAAGACAAUCUACGGACAGCGAGCGGCCAGCAACAAGUGCAUCUGUGGACGAAGCAGCAUUUCGCAGAGGCAUGAGAAGAAGGCAAACCCUGGCUGAGCUCAUGACCACUGAAGAGAGCUAUAUUUCGGAUCUGAAGGCCCUCAUCUAUCUCUACUCUACUUUGUUGGCGUCUACCAGCACAAUAUCAAACAAGCUCAGGUCGUCGAUCUUGAGGAAUGUUCAAGACCUCCUGCAUAUGCAUGAGAGACUCCUAGAUCGUCUCCAUCAAGUUGCUUACGAAGCCGCAGUACGCAAGUGGGCAGACACCACUUCACCACGGCAUCUCGGCUCGCCACAGCGACACCGGCGCUGGCGUAGUAUGGAAUCAAAUGCACCCUUCAAACCCAGUCGAGGUCACAGGCACACUCGCAGCUCAUUGGAUUCUUCUGAGCUCAGCCGUGGUCGACCUUAUUUAGGGUGUGCCGAUCCGAGGGACGUUUCUGACGUCGCGACGGUGUUCAGAGAUUUUCUCCACGACUUUUCUGUCUAUGAAGAAUAUUGUGCUAAUCACAGCUUGAUCGCGCACGAGUUGCAACGACACGCACCGACUUUGUGGUCCACGUAUGAGUCUGGGAUCGAGUCAUUGUCCAGGUCCCUCUUGGCACUGGAGUAUAGGCACAAGCACGACAAGAAAGGUCUUACAGUUGGUGACCUUCUCAUCAAACCCAUUCAAAGAGUGACGAAAUAUCCAUUACUGUUCGAUGAUCUCUUGAAACAUACUCCUGUUGCUGAUUGUCCCAUUACUCAUAUCGAAGUUGAGGAUACGCUGAAAUACUUGAAGGCGCUCGUUCAGUCUGUCAAUCAAGCCACGGAUAAUCACGAGACUCGUGCACAAGUGCAACGACGAUGGGCACUUCAAUCGAAGCUCAGUUACGGAAAAGUGUUGAUGGGCCCUGAGCAUUUCCGGUUCCUGGGUGACAUCCGACUCUGUGGUGUUUUACAUGUUACCUGGCAGACAAAGACUCGAGUCGAUGGCUGUUACGCUCUUUGCGUAUUGUUCGAAAACAGUCUGAUGAUUGCUCAACCCACCACUGCAAGCCCGACUUUCGAGGUAGUUGCCGUAUUGCCUCUUUCUGUUUUGACAGUUUGCUCCGCAAGUGAUGGUCGAGGACUCCAAUGCCAUUCAGCUUUACAUACCUGGAAAAUCUGCUAUGAAGCCAACAGUUACCUCCACGAAUUCGUUUUCAGUGCCUGCUCUAUGACGGAGGAGCAAGUUUGGAAGGAUGGCAUGUCAAGCAAAGAACAUCAGAGUAGAAAGACAAAGGAGCGCCUGAACGAAGUCCCUUCUUCUGUCGGACUCGACUUGAAGUCUAUUGGCAUGAUCUAUGGUCAGCAAAGUUCUACCCUAGCUAGGCAGCCCUCAGUUCAACGAGCAGGGACCGUGGGGAAUCGUGCCAAUAUCUGCCAGGUCAUUAUACAGAACACACACAAUCCUCAAGACUUGCACGAUUUUCGACAGCCAACAACAACCACAGCAAUCAAUAGAUCCCAGUCACACAUGUCGUCACACCGUCCAAUUGUGCUGACGCCCAAAAGAUCGGUCCGUGCCAGGCUCGAGACAAGUCUCAGCGAUGUGUGGACAAAAGACAAAUUGCCGUUUCCUGGCAUGAGUGGAUCGCUGGGUGGCCAGAUCAUUCGAGCUUCGGCAGGAUCACUGGUUCGCAAGCUGAGUUUAGCAUCGAUUCACGCUCCGUUCUCAAGACGCUCUGGUAGCCUGUCGCUGACCAGCCGAAAAUCAUACGAAGCAUUUACGGAGAGCAGGAGAAGCAAGUCCAAGCAGUCUGUACCAAUCUUCGAGGUGCGCAAAGAUAGUGUGGAUGAUGCUGCGCCCACCAGAAAGAAGUCGCAUGAAUUACCCGAGCUCGACACCAUGGAAAGUGUGGUCAGUCGGAUGAUAGGCAGCGGAGCCAAGAAGCUCUCCUUCUCACAGGGCGAGGGCAGUUUGUUGAACAAAGGCUCAAGACAGAAGCGAUCAAUGCAACGUUCAACACCUGAAUUAGGACCUGAAGAUCCCGCGGAAAUGUUCUAUGCGGAUGACAAAGAACGACCUGGACAGUAUGAAAGCGCGGAACAAGUAUUGGGCACAAGGGCCGGUUGCGCGUUCGUCUUCCGCCCUGGCACCACGACCUCGCCAGCCGGGCAUUCGUCUUUCAGACUAGAGCUCAACGGCCCACGAGGGACGCGUGAGCCGCAAACGAGCAAUCGUGCCGAGCUGCGAGCCGCCAUUGCAAUUCUCCAGUUUCGUGCCUGGUCUGGCGAGGGCAUCCAGAGACUUGUCAUUGCGACCGACUCUUCAUACGUGGUUGACUGCGCUACGCAGAGGAUUCAUUCUUGGCAGAACAACGGAUGGAGGACAUCGAGGGGUGAACCAGUCAAGAACCGAGAUCUUUGGGAGUUGUACCUGGCAGAGCUACAGCGGGCUGGUGACCGGGGAUUACAAGUUCUCUUCUGGAAAAUCCCAAGAGAGUGGAACAGCACAGCUGAUGCACUGGCAAAGCAAGCUGCCACUAUGGCUGAUCAAGAAGAAUUUUCGAAAGUCUUGGGCGUUGCUUGUUGA